AUGAAUUACAAAAAUAAUAGCAAUGAUACACUAAAUAGUAAGAAAAGUGGUGGGAAACCCAAAUCCCUUUUGAACAAUUAUGAAAGUCUAAACAUAUCUAAGAACAGCUCUGCAGAAGAAAUAGCAGAAAAAUAUUUAAGAAGUAAAUUGAGUCUCGAUUUUAAAAACGUAAGUAAGCCUAGUUACAACACAAAUGGUACUAGUAACAACGAUUUUUAUGAGAACAAGAAUGUGAUAAAUAAAUCUAAUUAUAACAAAUUUCCAAAUGAUAAGUUAAAUUGUAUGAAUAACGCAAAUAAUAAUUAUUCAAUGCAUGAACGGAAAGGGCAUUUAAAUUAUGACAAUAACAUAAACGACGUAUCCAUUUUUUCCCAUGCGAUUAAAACUAAUAGUAGCAGUAGUAAUGUGCACUUGAAGUAUGGCAACUGUCAAAAUGAUGAAAAACGGAUGUACACAAAUUUGAUAUUAAAUUCAAAUAAUAUGACCAAUUUCGCUAGUUCAACUAAUUCGACUAGUGUAACCGAUUUUAAACAUUUUGUUAAAAUUAAAGAGGACAAAAAAGGUAACUAUUGUGUGAAAAAUGGCUUUUCAAAUUAUGACCAAGGUAAUAUAAACCAGGUGCAUAUAGAAGACAGAGACAGAGGAAUUGACAUGACUAGCAUUGAUGAGUUGCUGAAUAAGUACGACAGCAUUAACGAUUUAGGGGGGAAGAACUCCUCCAUCAGGUAUGGUGGUAACCCUAAGCAGUUACAUCACAGAUACAGUACAAAUAACAAGACCCUUUUACAUCAACAAAACGGAAGAGAUAAUUCAUUGAGCAGAGCUAAAUUUAGAACUUCCAUAGUAAGUAAAACGGAAGUUACACAUAGUAGUAGUAAUAAUAAUGAUGGUCAUCAAUAUAACAUGGAGGAUAGUAACAAGUUUUAUUAUAACAGCCGGAUGAGCAAACAUUUUGGAGAUAACACCCAAUGUAAUAGUAAGAAAAAAAAUUUAAUUCAAAGAAAUAAAGACUAUGUGCACUACUUAAGCAAUCGAAAUAGUAUGUUGAAAAAUGAAUUAUCCAUAAGGAAAGAUUUAAGAAAAAAACCGAGCGUCCUGACUAAGCUAGAAAAUACAAAUCUAAAAUGUAAAAUGAAAAUGGAUGGAUACAGAAAUAGCGCACUUUUUAAUUCUUCCUUCUAUAGGGACCAACAGAAUAAAUAUAAUAACGAGACUGAGUUAAUUAGUAGUAUAAAUAUUUUUAACAACAACAGUGUUAACAUUAGUAAGAAUGAAAAUAGUUAUAUACGUAAUUUUCAAAGUGAAAAUCAAGAAUUGAGCGGUAGAAAUCAUGAGUCAGGUAAUUAUUUUACGAUUAACAGAUCGAGCAAUGCAGAUAACACGGGAUGUAGUGUGUUUGACAGCAGUUUUUUAAAAUCGACUUAUUCUGAUUCCAGUAAAAUUAUCGACUCUCCUUUGAAUUAUGCCCAAGAGGGGGGUCAUGCAAACGGUGCUGAUAACAACCUGCAUAGCAUCCGACAUAAUGACAACAAUAUUGUCAAUGAUGAUGUCAGUAAUAAUGUCAAUAAUGUCAGUAAUAAUGUCAAUAAUGUCAGUAAUAAUGUCAAUAAUGUCCAUGAUAAUACCAAUUUAGGUGCCAGUCUUAAUGCCAAUUUAAGUGAAAUAAGCAUCUCACAGAUGAAAAAGAAACCAAAUAUUGAACCACUAACUAAUAAUGCACACAUUUCAAAUUACCACUUGAAUAAGGGCACUUCACUAAAUUAUAGCGACUUAAGGAACAAGCCAGAGAUAUAUAACACGAUGUAUAACGAAAGUAACGCUGAUAAGAUGAGGCUGAGGGAUGGAGUGUCAAAUGAAGAAGAGUCGAAAAUGAAUAAUCCGUAUACUUCUACCCUGGAAAGGGAAUACGCACGCAAUUUGCUACAGAACGAGAGGAUGGGAGAGGAUGGAAUGGGCUGGAUGAAUACAUAUUUGAAGAAUCAAAAAAUGGAUAUUACCAGACUUAGUACGACAAGAGGGAAAGACAGUGAGGAGUAUAAAAAUGCAGAAGGUAAAUAUUAUGACCUAGUUAACAAGAGUAUUUAUCAAAAAAAGCACAUGCCAAGAGGUAACAAUUUGAGUUUACAAGGUGAAAAUAUAUCCGUUCGAAAUGGCUAUAAUAACAGUAGGAAUAGUAACAGUAUGGGAAUCGUCAAGUGUCAAGGCAGGGAAGAGGAAAAAAUCUUGGGAUACACGCAAAAAUCUAUAGAAAAAGACGGAGAAAUAAUGAUAAACAAGGAGAAUGGAAUGAAGAACUUCCCCCUCCCUCCUUUGUAUUUUUCAGAAAACAAACUAAGUAAUAUAUUUAAAAACAAAAUUGAAAAUAAUAAUUUGUUAAGUAAUAACAUUAACAUGGAUGGCAAAGAUAAGAGGAAAGGAAGUAGCCAAAAUUGUAGCUCAAAACGAUCUGAGCAGAAAAAACCAACAAAAUGGUAUAUGAUGAAUAGCAAUGUAAAUAUUGGUGAAUGUGAUUCUAAUGUGAUGCAAAAAGAGAAAAAUAACCAGAAUGAGUUGAACAGUAUCAAUAAUUAUGAAGAUUAUUGCAAAUAUAUUACAGAAUCUAUCAAUGGUAUUCCUAUAACAAUAAAAAAUAUGAACAUUUUACUCGCAUUGGCAUUGUAUUUUUUAAAUUUUACCAUAAAUAAUAAUUCGAUAGGAAACGAAAUUUCAGACAAAGUGUUAAUAAAAUUAAUGAAUAAAUUUUUAUACUGCUUGAAUUUGAAGACUUGUUUAUUAAAAGAAAACAAAAAUGAGAAAAACUAUGAGAGUAAUAAGUACUACUACAUACAAAUUAGACAUAAUGAUGAAAAUGUUGAGCUAGAAAAGCAAAAAGAGGGAGAAGAAAUAAAGGAAGGUGAUUCUGAUUGUGCUGCUUCUAAGAACAACAUUUCCCAUUCUCCACCUGAUGCACAAAACAAGAAAAUUAACACACUUUCUGAGAACACUAAUCCUGUAAACUUCUUCACAUUCUAUAACAAAAGAAUCGUACUGAAAAAGAGUAACCAAACAGAUAGUGUAGAAAUGAACAUUGUAGAAGGACUUCCACCGAAUAAAAGUCAUUAUGGAAACGAUAAUAAUUAUAAAAAAAAGUGUUUUUAUUUAGACGAGAAUAUGAAAAUAAUUACUCUGGUAGAUAUAUAUAAAAUUGCUUGGUGUCUAUGUGUUCUAAAAAAAAACAUGAAAUACAUCGAUUUGUUAAGGAUCCUUUACAAAGAAGUUGAACAUAUGAAUGUAUCAAAAGAAUUAAUUUUUUGUGUCAGUUACAUUUUCAAAUAUUGUAACAUAAUCGAAUUUGAAGAAUGUAAAACGUAUUUAAAUAAAAAUAUUAUGAUAAGUUUAGAAGAUAAUAAUAAUGAAAAUUUGUGUAUGUAUCUACACCUCCUGCACGUUUGUAGUAUACAUGACAGAAAUUUUUUAAAUAAUAGUCAUAAAAAAAAUAUAGACCAAAUUGUAACCUAUUUUUAUGAUAAAAUAGAAAAUCUGAAUUUGUACGUGUGUACAAAUAUCUUAUGUGUCUUAGCAAAUUUAAAUGUUAAAAAUAAUGAUUAUCCUUACUUUUUUAACAAAAUGUUGAACUAUUUCAGAAGUAAUAUAAAAAAGUUGAAUAAAAGUGUAAUUCUUGUCAAUGUACUCUGGUCCUUAUGCAUUAUCGAGGUGCUCUGUUCAGAAUUCUUAAAAGAUUUAAGUGAAUACAUUAUAAACAUCUUGCAUAUUAUACCUCUGAGCGAGUUUAUAACCAUCUCAUGCAGUUUCAGUUGUCAGAAAGUGAUAAUCAUAAAAAGUUACUUUGAAAAUGUCAAGAAGACAAAGGAGGAACAUCUAUCUGGGAAUGCCGUUUCAAACACAACUGAAUAUGAGUACAAAAAAUAUGAAUCCGUCGCUAGUGAAUAUUAUGAAAACAGAAAAAUGUUUCCUUACUACUUUUAUCGAAGACCUAUGUGCCACUCUCUUAUUUUUAAGAUUCUUGCAUAUAACUUUUUGCAUUAUGAGCAAAAGCAGGGAGGAAGAAGCUCCAAAAUGGACAGAGAUCAAACACAAUUUUACACCUCCCCUCCUCCCGAUGAUCACAAAAACCAUAAUGACAAUUCACAUUUUCCCGAAAAUGAUAAUUUAAAAAGGAAAAGCUGUAGAAGUUUAAGUGUAGAAAAUAAUAAGGGGAGUACCAGUAAUUGGAAGGAUACAAAUGUGCAUAACUCUCGGUUCAACAGCUCGAACAUUUAUAGAAAUGUAAAGGGCACCGACAUCAACAGUGCCAACAUCGGAGACAUGAAUGAAAACGGCCUUAGCAAGAAUGUACCCUUUGAGACGAGGAAGCAAUGGGAUAAUGCAAAAGUGGACUUACGAAUGAAUGCACAAAAAAAUAAGUACCCAAAAAAGUAUAAUGAGAAGAGAAAGAUAAAAGAAUACUACAAUUUGCACGAAAGAAAUAACAAUUAUGAAUUUUCACUAAAUUCUUGUGAGCGUAUUUUAUUUGCAAAUUUAAUUGAAGACUGUUGCAACAAUUUUGAAUCCCUAAAUUGUGUUCAUCUUAUUGAACUUUUAUUUACAUUAUGUAUAUUAAAUUUGGACAGAACGAAAAUUGUGAAAUUGGUGGAGAAAAAAAUAGAUUAUAAUAUUUUUAAAGAAAUUUAUGAAAAUGUAGUACUUAAAAAAAAAAAACAUAUACAUAAAAACUACACAGAAGAAGAAAUUAAAAACGAAAGAAACGAUUUGAUCAUUUUAAAUUAUAUUUACAACAAAUAUGUACAGGAAAAUUAUCUCUCUCUAAAAAAUGACACAGAUGUGGGGUUUUUUCUCAUAGCAGAUAAUAUACACUUCAGCAAAUAUAUCAAUGAUGAUUCUUUUUUAAAAGCAAUUAAGGCCAACAAAGGAGUGGAAAAAAUAGGUACCAGCGCAUUUUAUAAAUUAAGGAAUAUUUUAAAUGCAGCAACAACUACUUCUAAAGAAAAGGAAUUCCACACAAGAGAAAAUCCUAAAGAUUCUCGAUCCAAAGAUAAACAUAAUGAUACAAUUAAUGAAUUAAAAACAGAAACACGAGAAGGACAAUACAAAGAACACUUUGCAAAAAAUUAUACCAACUAUCAGAACAUGCAACAUCUCAAUGGAGAUGAAAAAAACCUUGGUAUGAAUGUCGUUCGAGAUUCUCAUCAUCGAUAUGUUUUGGGCAAUACAGUAGAAGAGAGUGUAUAUCUCACUGAUGGAAAGAAGAGUGGUGAAAGCUGUCUCCUCAGCAAGGACAAAAAUUUCCCCCGUGAUAAGCAAUGUUCCGAUGGAAACAUCAAAAUUGACGAAUACAACAUGUCUAACAAAGAAGCAAAGGUAUUCUUCAGUAAACCGGAUGAAGAUCAUCACAACAUAAUAAGUACCCGUUUUGGAAGCAACUGUAAAAUAAGUGAAAAAACUAUAGAUCAAGAAAAUGAAUUACCAAGCCAAAGUAAAAGAAUACAAAUAAGACAAGGAGGGAGAAGAACGGAGGGAAGCGAAUAUGCAUAUAACGAUAUUGAGGAGACUUCCAAACAAUUAAACAAAUUCAAAACGGAUUUAAAAAAUACAUAUGAUGUUGCCAUUGCAUAUUAUGAGAAGAGAACUAAGCAAAAUGGAGUGGAACAGCGAAUGAACAAUAAUUUGAGUACCGAAAAGGAAAUCCUAGUAAAUGCAUACAAUAAACAGAAAGAGGAACAAAUUUUGAAUCCAGAAAUUUAUCAUAAUAUAAUUACAAAGAGGAAUAUAAAAAAUAUAUUACACACUCAUCACACACAAAAUGAAAUAUCAGAAAAAAAUAUGUUGUCAUUUAGUAGUAUUCACAAAAGUGCACAUUAUGAAAAGACAAAAGAUGCAUAUAAAUUUAAUUUUUACAAAACCUUUAUUUUAUUGUUGCAACUUUCAGCCAUUUCGUUGCUCUCCUUUGUCAUCAUAUUUGUAUACACAUCAUUAACGUAG